CGGAGAAGGCGGAACUGAUGGGGAAAGGGCUAGUGGAGCUGAGGGAGAAGAAGGGAUCAAUAGGCCUGAGAAGGGCCGGUUGAAUCUGGAUACAUUUCUCGGAGAUGUCGCACAGCUCACCUCAUUGCGCCAGCUAAUCCUCAAAUCAAUCAUUUUCAACAGCUGCAAUAUGCCACCGCCCGAAACUCCCCACUUCUCUCCCACUCUCGAUACGCUAGUCUUGGAAGACCUCAGCGUCGACACGCUCCUCGCCAUCCUCUUCGAAUGUCAGCAUCCAGGCCUUACGACCCUCAAGCUCGCUAUGUGUCCCCUGGACGCGAUCCCCGACCAUUUCAUCUUCGACAUCCCUUGUUUGGUGUUACAAGAUCUCGCCCCCACCGUGAACCUCAUGAAAUUUCUUGACAGAUGGCACGGAAUGGGACUUGAAAUCGUCGGCUGUCCAACCUUUGAUGACGACGUGCUGCAGCAAUUGGGAAGGCCGGGCAUAGCCAUGAGCAUGCAGGAACUGGCCAUCUUUGAUUGCACAAAUUUUUCUGUCUUGGUUUUACAGGAAAUGGUAGAAUGCAGGCUUCUUUGGGCUGGCCCUAUGCAGACUCUGAAAGUGGGGGGUGAAGGGCCGGCUAUCACAGAUGACGAACAGGCAUGGUUUGGAGAUCAUGUAGCAGAAUUCUCUUACGAGGUUGUAUUGGCUGAUCCUAAAUGACUGACUUGUAAAGCAAGUCUACAAACAUCAGCAAGCUGGCAUGGCAGCCCCAUCGCACAUUGAUCGCACAGCAGCACACCUUUCCCAGCGCUCAGCGAUCUCCCUUCUUUGUCACCCAUCAUGUCUUCCUGGCCGCCAUACAAAGGAUCUCGUCGAAAACUUGUUAUGGCUUUCGAUGUAGGCACGACCUUCAGUGGAAUCUCCUACAGCAUCCUCGAUCCCGGACAAGUACCUGAAGUGAAGGGGGUGACUAGGUAUCUUAACCAAUUUUCCAUACGCAUAGAUCUCAAGGCUUCCAGAUUUCCAGCGCAGGAGCAUAGCAGUGGCUCUUCAAAGAUACCGACUGUAGUCUAUUAUGACAAGCAAGGGUCUGUUCGCGCUAUUGGUGCUGAGUCGGCUAGUGAAGGAAUCUUCGAACAAGCUGAGGAUGGUGACUGGUAUAAAGUGGAAUGGAACGGGCAACUGCUGCAUCUCCGGCCGAAAACAAAGCAGACUGCCCACAUCUCUGAACAACUUCCUCCACUGCCCCCUUGGAAGAAGAUAAUCGAUGUUUUUGCUGACUUUUUCAAGUACCUACUCCACACUUGA